UGCUCUGAAACAGCAACAAAACCGGGGAGGGCGGAAGAGGGGGGAGGGAAAUCAGGCAUGAAGUGUCCUGUUCUCCCUCGGUGAUAGAACAGGAAUUAUGCCCCAGGAGGCUGGCAGAGCGGGCCUGAAGGUGUUAUGCAUACCUGUCUAAGCUGUUUCUCUGUAUAAGGGUGAGCUCUUCUCUUCUCUGCUGGAAAGAAAGGAAGAAACAAGUUAUCUCGAGCUGAUGAGGGGGGAGAUACACACAGGAGAUAUUCCCAUCAGAAGUUCUGCCCCAGAUAACAGCUUCUGCUCCAGACCAGCAGCCACAGCCUCGGCCCUACCAAGGAGUCCGUGUUAAGGAGCCAGUGAAGGAGCUGCUGAAAAGGAAGAGGGGGAACGUCCACAAUGCCACUGCAACAGCAGCUGCAACGGUUGUUUUGCCCCAUCAGCCACUUCCUUCCUAUUCCCCAACGGGCCAGCCCUGCAUUGACAUGGACGUGUCUGCCCCUGCUCUGCCAGUCACAGAUGAAGGAGCACUGGCCUCUGGCUGGAUCCCCCAGCCCUCUCCCACAUCCCUGCAGCCCCUGACCCAGUGGACCACCUACCCCGAGUAUGUGUCCCACGAGGCAGCCAGCUGUCCCUACUCAGCAGACAUGUACGUCCAGCCCAUGUGUCCCAGCUACACCCUGGUGGGACCUUCAUCUGUCCUGACCUACACUUCCCAGCCACUCAUCACCAACUUUGCACCCCGGAGCAGCACCCCGGCCGUGGUGCCCCCGCUCGAGGUGACGGAGCAGCAGCCGCCCCUCACCUACUUCCCGUGGGCACAGCCCCUCUCUGCCCUGCCAGCCUCCACUCUGCAGUACCAGCCAGCCUCUUCCACGCUCUCGGGGCCUCAGUUUGUGCCCGUGCCCAUCUCCAUCCCCGAGCCAGCCCCCCAGGAGCUGGAGGAUGCCCGGCGGGUCGUCGGCGCGCUGCCCAUCGAGAAGCUGCUGCUGGAAGACGAGGACAAUGAUACGUAUGUCCUAAACCAUGCUCUGUCUGUCCAAGGGCUUUGAGCUGUUGCACACCUGGGGCCUGCCCCUCACCUACUCAGUGCUCCACCUGGCACCACAGAGGGUUUUGAGUACAGAGGAUAAGCAGGCGGGGUGGGAGGGGGGUGGGCUGGGAACUUUAGCACACCCUGACUUGGGUGUUGUGUGAAACUUGCUUUGUCCUGGGGCCCAGCACAGGAUUUCUCUGCUGUUGCAGCUCCUGCUGCCUCUCCCAGGCAGGCUUUUGAUACUGCAGACUUGUGCUCAGCAUCAGCAUGAGGUGACUUUCACCCUCAGGCACAGGGAAGGGUCUCAAACUGGAAUAUUGUAGAGUAUCCUUGGCCAGCUGUAGGAUUUGGUGAGGGCACACUUGCCAAGACCCACUUCAGUAGGACUGCUUUUGUGUAAAUGCCUUGUGUGUGUGUCUUUGCCCUGUCCAUGCAGGAACUUCUACCAGCUCUAGGCCACUAGAAAACAUUUUUGGGCUUAAAUCGGCAUUUUUCUUUCCCAAAUUGGGCUGUUCCUUUGGGAACUUAGGAAGAUUUAAAGUGUGGUUUUGUUCUGCUGGUGCAGUGAUCUGAGAAUAAAGCCAGUACAGCUGAACUAAAUGCCAGUGCAGUCAGACAUCCCUAUUUGCAGGGCAGAUGGAACAUCUGAGUUCACUCAAAGGUGUAACUUGAAGGUCUGGCCUCGUCUGCCAUUGGAAUCCAGCCCUGUGGGUGUGGUUGGACUCAGGGGUUUUGUGGUUCUGGACUCUAAAAUACCCACCUUUGGGAUGGGGGGCUGCUUUAGUGGCUGCAUGUUCUGCCAGUGGGCAGAUCCUGGUCCCACUGAAGUCUCCAGGAGUUUUGUCUGAGUCAGGACUGCAGGAGUGGCCCCGUGCCAGGAGAUCCCUGGGAAGGCAGGGGCUGCCAAACCCUGCCCUGCACAAUGACCAGGAAUCUGUGCCAUGGCUGUUCUUUGGCAAUAUUUUUCCCUGUUCUGUAGCAUUUGGGUGUGAAGCUGGUGAUGAUGUGCUGAGCCAGGGAACAUCAGGAACAUCAGGGACCUCUCCUGUGCCUGUGGGAAAUUUCCCACAUUCCCUUUGCAGCUUUCUGAUUUCCUUUCCUGGAGAACGAGUAGCUUUUACUUUUUCCUCUGUAAAUAUUGUGGUUGAUGUUGAGGAGUGCCAUGCCACAGGCAAAUAUAUUUGCAGGAGAAAUACCCCCUUCUAACUCUGUUUAUUGUUCUCUUAAUAAACAACAGACUCUUGGCUGGUAAACACAAUUUCUCUGGGUUUUUCUGCUUUCCAAAGCCCAGGAGCCUUAGGUGAUUUUAUUAUUUGCAAGACUAACAGCAAAAUAACUUAUUGCACUGUUUAUUACCUGGAGUCCAGUUGCCACCCAGGCAAUAUUUCAAGUCACCUCACAGUUAAUGCCUGAGUGAGGUUUACAAGCUCAGGUUAAAAGUCUUAAAGGCUUUCUGAGCACAUUUUGUUUUUGAAUAUUGACAAAUCUGGAAGAUAUAAGCAAUAGAUCAUAUAAGUGAUCAUAAAGUUGUUGGAAAAUAGCAAUAGUUCAGGUGUGCAUUGAAAUUAGUGGCUUAUAUUUGCAGAAAAACCCAGCAAAGAAAUUAAUUGGAAGGAGCUUAGCUCACCACUGCUUACUCCAGUUUUACAAGCACAAGAAAGGGAGGUAAAACUGGGAUAAUGCAGUUGUGAAUCAAGCCCGUGGUUGCUCAGAUUGCUUCUCAAUUCCUUUUCACUCCAAUGUAUGUAAAUUCUGUGUGUGAAUAUAAAACAAUGAUGAACUGUUUCCGAAUUUCUUUCUGGGUUGUUCUGGUUAGAAAAAGACAAAUUUUUAAUUUUUUUUUUUGUUCCCAAUAAAGAUCUAC